AUGAUGUCUCGCCUCAGCAGCAGUUCAAGUGUCGUGAUACCUAUCGACCCUGCGUCCAUCGCCGCCAUUGAGUCCUGUAUCAACAGAGAGCUUUUGCGUUGCGAGACGCUCCUCCAAGCUGCAACCGCGGAGCGUCGGUAUGAAGUUGCAUUGAUACACGCCGAAAACGCUUAUACAGUCGCCACCGAGUGUCAUCUGCCGGCUAUGCAGGCAAAGGCAAACUUCUACAAGGCACAGUGCUUCAAAAAGUUGGGUCUACGAUACCUGGCUCACGACUGCAGGAACAAAGCCGCGGAAGAGCUGCAGCGUAACACGGACAGCUUAAGUCGCGAGUGCAUUGCGGAGAUGGAGGCUUUUCAGAAGGUCGACGUUGGGGACAGGGGAAAUGCAGGCGAUGAUCGUGCUGCUGAUGAGGACAUUGAUUGGAUUGCGGCUGGUGAGGCUAACGGAAGCUCUCAAGAGAAGCACCUCGUCCGUGACGAAAAGGGGAGAAUUAUCGAAAUCCUCAGUGAAAAGCCCUCAUUGCGAAGCAUGAAGGGCAGAGACUUUGUGAUUCCCAACUCUAUGGUAUGA